AUGAAGGGAGUUGUGGCUUUGGCCGUAUUGGCGGCCAUUGGACUGCAUUUCGAAAUACUUCAAUGCUUCACCCAGGCCGAAGAAGCCUAUAUGCAAUCAUCGGAAGAACACAGGCCGGUUGAAGGAUCGCAUUACCAGGACAAUAUAAUAAAUAGUGACUCUGUCGCACAUGAAGACACACAGGAAAAUCACCCGCAUCAUAAUGCGCAUCCACAUUUCAAAAUGACUAGACCAUCAAAAAAAGGACACAAACAUCAUAAGAGAGUAAUGCCACAUAAACGGCAUAGCUGGCAUAGGUUAUAUAAAAAUGGCUACAAACAACAUGCUGAGGAUUCAGAUAUCAAGAAAAACAAAGGCAGCGAUGAUAAGGUGUUCAGAGUAAAGAAAACUGUAGAGAUUUUGAUUGACGCACCCCCAAAAUCGGCGAACUCAACGUCAAAAAGCAUUACCCAUGUGACGCACAGUGAAAAUGCAUUUACAAAGUCCGACGAUUUGAAGGAAGCGUCAUCUGCGGAGUCCCGUAUGAAUAGCGAAGUUGCGGAUAGCGAAGAAUCCGUGACAACGGACCAUGAAUUACCCUCAACGUUAGAUCACGACCACAGAGUGGCAGACCUUCAUAACGAAUCUAUAGGAGUAGAUAUGCAGAGCCAUGAAGUCAACCCGAAAGAAAGUUCCAUGUACCUUCACCACCCAGGUCACAUGGAUGAGAAGCAUAAGGAAAACCCAAACUUAGCGUCACAUAGUCAAGUGCCAGAUGAAUAUGGCGUUGGCACUGUGGGUGAUCAUUUUGAUUAUCCAUUUGGAGAGACGGAGACACAUCCUUUUCAACAUAGUGUAAAACAUGAUCAUGUCAACGGUGAAGCCACCACCACCGAUCCAGAUACUGAGACUCAGACAGAAGCAAACUAUAAAGAUAUCCAACAUGUUGAAGGCUAUCCUUCAACGCCGUCGAUAGGUUCAGAUGAAAACUGGAGAUUUGUAGAUCAUUCUGAUGCGGAUAUGUACGAUGAGACUACGUUUCACCAGGCAUACGCAGGAGAUGAGAAUGCAGAAGAUGAAAUUAAUGAUGAGGAACUUCACACUGUUGAACACACUCUACAUCACCCAACAUCUCAUGCUUUCAUUGGCCCCAAAGAGGCUGAUUAUCAGUAUGCUGAUGAAUAUGAUAAUCAUGUCUAUGGCCAUGAUAUGCUUGACCAGAAUGGGAACCUGGAAAAAGUGAACGGGCUGAAUAUGCAUCACCAUGAGCGUGAUAAUAAAAGCGGUGUUCACGUAGAUGAUCAGCAACCCGAAGAAUUCCCGAUGGGCCCCAACUCACAAUGGGACAGUCAAAGUGAUGAUACAUACGAUAACCUCAUGCCACAUGAGCCAUAUAAGGGUGGUGUUAUCAGCUCGGAGGAGGACGGUCGCAUGAAUAAUACAGAUGAGACAGACGCAAAUUACCUUCAAUUGGAUGAGUCCGUAGUCGACAACAGUUCGGGUCAUAAGACGCUGGAAGAAAAUUCGCAUACGUGGACACAUCCACAGUUCUUAGAGAACGAGGCAAUUAUUGACGAAGCGGAUGACAACGACGAAGAUACGGCUACAGCAGAAAGCGGAAAUGGCGAAGAAAUGAAAGGAGAGGUGGAUGAGGAAAAAACUGCACUGGAUCCCGAAGAAACAAGCGAUUCGCUAGAACCUGUUGAGGAAGAAUCGGAUGAACUGUCUACCGGAGCUUCCUUGAGAGGCCUGCGGUCUAAAGGCAAGAAGUCGAAAAAAAAUCACAAGGUGGCUAAGACUAAGAAAUCUGAAAAGGCUCAAAAAACGAAAGCCAAGAAACAGAACAAAAAGUCUAAAAAGUCUAAAAAGUCUAAAGCGGAACGAAAGAAAGAUCGGAAACGUAAAUCAAAAUCGGAGAAGAAGAAAGAGAAAGAAGAAGCAAAAAAACAUAAGGCGGAACAAGAAGAUGUGAAAUCGGAAUUACCUAAAACUGAAGGUGCAACUGAUCAUGCGAACAAAAAAGAAUCAACUACUACUACUUAUAGCUCUUAUGUCAUUGAGCCGAAAUCUGACUAUGCAUUGGAUAAGGCGGAACAAGAAGAUGGGAAAUCGGAAUUCCCCAAAACGGAAGGCGCAAGUGAGCAUGAGGAGAAAAAAGAAUCUACUACUUCUACUUAUAGUUCUUACGCCAGUGAACCUAAAUCUGACUAUGCAAUAGAAAGUCCCAAAAAAGACGAAGAUACAGCUGGCCAAAGCAGCAUUACAUCUCCACCAACUGAAGUUGAAGUCCCAUCAAAAGAUUCUGAAACCACAGAAUCUACAAAAGUCGAUGAAGUAGUCAAAGAGAGUGUCCCGCAUAUAAGUAGCACUGAAGCAGCUGUUGUUGAGAAUGUGAAAACAGCGGACAAGGUUAUUGAAUCAGGACCAACAGAAGUUUUCAAGUAUGAGAUCGACGAAAACAAUGGCGCUAAAAGUACGGAAACAGAAAGUACAUCUAGCGUUAUACAUCACCCAGCAAAAGAUUCAGAGGAGAAAAAAGUUGAAGACGAAGAAGAGCCUGGUGAUGAGGAAAUUGGUGAUGAUGACGAAGAUGAAUAUGACGAUCAGUCCUACGAUGAAAAUGAGGAGUAA